CCAAAGCCAGUCUGAUAGCGUUCUUCGCGAGCUAGAUUUCGAAGAUUACGAACUUCCAGCGGCACUUCGUCCGGGUAUGAAUCGUGCUGUGACCUACUAUGAAGUCUCUGCGCCAUCAACCGUUCCAAAGACACCCAAGUGGAGGAGGCAUAGCUUCACGACGUCGGACGGGUACAAAGAAUUGCGCCAUGUCGCCGUGGAUCGUCUGAAAACGGACGUGGAUCUAUGCCAGGCGUUGUUGGACAUGCGGCAACGGGAAGACGCGCUGCUGCAUACACUCGCUACCCUGAGGUCUAUCGUUUAUGCUCAGAGAGACGCAACCGCUGCUGUUCGAGGUGAUCUCAAAGAUCAAAGAGCCAAGUUGGACAGCCUACGAGACAAAGCGCGCCAGCUGAUCGUAGAUCCGGCCAUUCGUCGCCGACCAGGAGACGGUAUCGAACCCACUUUACUGCGCAUCCAGCGCGUGGGGGACGAGCUCGGCCGCCUAAAGUACACGUAUGAAGUCACCGAUGACCGGCUACGCGAAGUGGAGGGCAUGGUCUGGGGUUUGACGAGGCGGAUCAACGAUAGUGGUGUGCGGGACAUGUUGGAGGAGGAAGAACACAAGCAACGAGCAAAGGGUGUCGGGCCAGAUGGUCGUAAGCUGUGGAUGAAAGGCGGGCAGAGGCUGAGGUCGAGAUUGGUGGAUUGGGCAAUGUGGUCCGGGAACUUAUGGAGUUGGCUUACGAGACGGAAGGUUGAGGUGAUCCCUCCCAGUGGUGCUGGCACCCCCACUCACGGACGGAGUCGAGCGCCUAGCCUGACAUUAACCCUCCCUCAUCCAGCCUAGCGA